CAAAAAUCGCUAAACCGACAUCGUUUAGGAGGUCCCGCCGCUUGGCUUUAAAAGUCGACUAUUCAGCUUUCCAAAAGAAAAAGAAUCCCCUAUUGAUGCUUUCGGCUGAUUUGCCCAAAGUUUCUCUUUUCUUCUGUGUGCGUAGGGGGAAAUAGAAUCGUAUGAUCUUGUUUUUCUCCCCUUUUCUAAACCCUAAUUUACUUUUAGUCCCUCAGAACCUACCAUUGAAAGCCUUAAACCUCGAGAAAAUUGGUUGUUAUUUGAUAUAAUGUGUCUUUACUAAUUGGGGAUUUGGGGCAGAAUUUUAAACUCAUUGACGGGAUUCACCUAGUUGUUCUUUUUGCAUUUUCUUGGUUGUUUUAAGAAUUUUGAGCAGACUUGACCAGCGAGUUGACUCGAUAACGCAGUGAGGUAAAAAAAUUCUUUGAAGUUAUUUUAGGUUGAAUUUGGAGAAUGUGAUGAUGGAGGGAAACAAUGGAUUUGGUAGUCUAGAUAAUGCGAACACAAGCGAGAGUAAGCCACCACAUCCCCGUGCACCGUCGUAUGGGCUGCAGUGUCCUAGCAGUAAUGGCGUUUUGAAGCCUUGUAAGAAGUCCCUAGUUCGACAUCCCUCUCUUCAGGUGAAGUCAAAGGCAUUGGAUAUUGCUAUAGGAAAUGGACAUGCGGUGGAAAACCAUGGUGCUGAGUUCAUCCCUAUUGUCCGUUCUGGAGCAUGGGCUGACAUAGGGUUAAGAACAAGCAUGGAAGAUGUAUAUCUGUGUGUUGAUGAUUUUAUGCAUGAUUACGGUCUCAAGAAUUUUGCUGAUGGGCCUAGUGCCUUUUAUGGGGUGUUCGAUGGACAUGGUGGGAAACAUGCUGCUGACUUUGCUUGCAAUCAUUUGCCAAGGUUCAUUGUUGAGGAUGAAGACUUUCCUGGAGAGAUUGAGGGGGCUGUUGCUUCAGCAUUUCUUCAAACUGAUACUGCUUUUGCAGAAGCUUGUUUGUCGGAUUCUGCCCUUGCUUCUGGUGCCACUGCUUUGGUAGCUCUUGUUCUUGGGAGAAUGUUGGUUGUGGCAAAUGCUGGAGAUUGUCGAGCAGUUCUAUGUCGUGGUGGGAAAGCAAUUGAAAUGUCAAGAGAUCACAAACCCAUGUGUAAUAGAGAGAGAAGGCGCAUUGAGGCAUGUGGAGGUUCUGUUUAUGAUGGUUAUCUUAAUGGACAGCUUAAUGUGGCUCGUGCAUUGGGGGAUUGGCACAUGGAAGGAAUGAAAGGUGCAGAUGGUGGACCGCUAAGUGCAGAGCCUGAGCUUAUGACUGCAGAACUAACUGAGGAGGACGAAUUUCUUAUCAUAGGGUGUGAUGGGAUUUGGGAUGUUUUUCUAAGCCAGAAUGCAGUUGAUUUUGCUAGGCGGAGGCUUCAGGAGCAUAAUGAUCCUGCCAUGUGCAGCAAGGAUCUGGUUGAUGAAGCUUUGAAAAGGAAAAGUGGGGAUAACUUGACUGUUGUCGUGGUAUGCUUUCAAUCCAAUCCACCCCCAAACUUGAUCGUCCCCCGUGCGAGGGUGCAGAGGAGCUUUUCUGCUGAGGGUUUAAGGGAGUUACAAAGCUUCUUGGAUAGUCUGGGAAACUAAGAUGGUGAUGACAAAUGCUUUUGCCCUAUAUUUGUCCUUUACGUUAGAUGGUAGUUUUAGGUACGGAGAGUUUCGACUGUAAGAUACGCGGCGGAGAGUCAUUCCAUUGUUUCCAAAGUAGGAGCUUAAAUUACUUCACCUUCAUUUUGGUCAUUUGUUAAGGCACAUACUGAAACGGGAGUUAUUUUUAAUCUAAA